AUGGACAUCAUUUGGUCCUCUUUGUUGACAGUAUUUCUUUGUACUUGGACUGCAGUCUGUCUUAACCUUCCGAAUCCUAAAGACGGUCAGUUUCAAAUCCUCUGUCGCCGAGCAAAGUGGAUGUUUUGGGCGAUUGUCUCCCCAGAGUUGGUCCUCUCGGUUGCUAUUGGACAAUAUGCCUCAGCGCGGCGAUCUGUGAAGCGUUUUCGCAAACUGGGAUUGAAACAAGAUAGAUGGAGUCUCCGGCAUGGGUUCUAUGCCGACAUGGGUGGGAUGCUUCUCCAACCUAAAAACAGCACACCCUUUCUUGUCAACAGUCGUCAAUUAGCGUAUCUGGUCGAAAGGCAGUACUUGGAAUGCCCGAAAAUUACACAGAACGAGAUAUGGGAUAAGUCAAAGACGGAUACCCUUGCUAGACUACUUAGUUUGGGACAGGCGACUUGGCUGAUGAUUCAACUCUUCGGUCGCUUCAUUCUUAAGCUCCCGACAACUACGCUCGAAUUAUCGGCGGGUGCCAUUGUGAUUUGCACCUUUGGAACAUUUAUUUGUUGGAUGCAAAAACCAAGCGAUGUACAAACUGGAAUAGUUCUUAGCAUGGAAGUUAGCACCGCCGAGAUUCUCCUUCAAGCUGGUGAUCUCGCAGCUACACCUUACCGCCACACACCUCUCGACUUCAUCGCCAAGCAAUCAUUUACAUUCAGUUACGACGUGAUGAGUUUUUUUAAUCUACGUCUCGAUGACAGAGAACGACCCUUGCGACGUUUUCCAAAUGACCGGUUCCCAGAUAUUGGGACGCUUGAAAAGUUCUCUCUGUUCUGUUUGACCUCGGCAUUUGCUUCCUUCCACCUCAUAGGGUGGUAUUUUACUUUCCCUUCUCGGACUGAGCUGAUUUUCUGGCGGGUGUCAAGCUCUAUUGUAACGGGUGCAACUGUCCUAUAUUGGAUAUUCGAAACAAUUGCUGCUCGUCAGCGCUUUGGCAGAUGGGACAAGUAUCUGGUCUGGCUGGGUCUAAAAAGCCCACCACAACAGCAAAAAAUCGAUGCAGAGGCCGCUCUUGCGCGACAGGACACAGUCAGUCGUCUAGACGCCUUUGAAAAGGAGCAAAGGGAGGCAAAGCCCAUUCUGCGGUGGGAAGUCGCUAUCAUUCUACCAGUAAUAUUAUUGUAUGUCAGUGCUCGGGCAUAUAUGAUUAUUGAGGUAUUUGUUAGUUUACGUCGACUACCAAUUGGUGCCUUCACAACCUUUGAUGUGGCAAACAUGCUACCUCAUUGGUGA